GUUUCUAACUGGCCACAUGUCGUGCGCGCAGUUAAAAAUAUUCCUAGACAGGUCACUGACGCAAGACCUGCUCAUCAAAAAUACACAAAUGUAAAAAUUAAUAUAAAAACAGAAAAAUAUGGACAUUAAGGAGUCCGUGUUUAAAGACGAUGUCAGCAAUUUCAUAUUCAGUCUCCAAAAAUUGUUGCCCAAGAAAAAGGAAACUUUGACGAGUAUCUUCGAGUUUGACAAGCCAACGUUGAUAAGGCUCAAUGAUGUCCAUUUGGAGGCGAAGAACGUGUUCCCGAAGUGCUUUGUCGGUGCCAAGUUGGUUGUCCUUCGACAGAUAAUGGACAAGGUCAAGUUAAUGCAGAACUACAGUUUCGGCAAAACGAAGGAAUCCUACAAGUGCUUCUCACAACUUUUAUACAAGGAAAUGGAUACAAAAAAUAUUGACGAUGGCUUGCUGAUAGACUCUACAGGAUCAGCGAUAGCUACGUAUAAAGAGACAAUAGAUGACUUCGAAAUGAGAUUGACCUCAAAGAUAAAAGAUAUAGUUUCAUCAGAAACGGAGAUAGUCUUUGAGAAAGACAGUGAGAAGUUUAUUGGCUCUAUUUCUUGCUCCAUGAAGGAUGUAGACCCGAUAACCUUGAAUCUGGUGACUCAGUGGAUGUAUAAGGUUAGGCCGGAGAUAAGUAUUGGCAGCGAACUUGGUAUACGACCUCUGUCGUAUCCUCUUUCGCCUGAGUUAUCAUUCAGCGCGCGGUACGAACGUCAAUCCUUCACUCUUUCGUCUACUCUAAGCAGGCUCGGUUUUCAAGUGUGCGUGUUCAAGCAGUUCACCCCAGAUUUACGGAUAGCGACCAUAUUUAAUGAGAGUAAUAAGGGCGGGCCGGCUUCCGUCGGUUUGGCGCUGCACAAAAGCUACGAAAAUGGGUCACAGUUGAAAAUGUUCGUGGACUCACAGCGCUGUGGAGGUUUCACAUACGAAAGGGACGUUCUGUUUCAGGAACAUAACGAAGUUCGCGUUAUUCGAUUGCUGGCGAGCACGCUUAUAGACCGGCAGAGGCGGGUGCGGUUCGGCUUCGGGUUUAAUUUAGAUUUUUGAACUACCCUCCUCAUUUGUAAAUUGAUUGUUAAUACGUUUUUGUAGUCAUAUUUGUUUGUAUAUAAGUAUACAUAGGUUUUAGUUAUCGAUUUAUUGUUGUUGAAGCGCGUGGUUUGUUAUACUGUUUUGUGAGUGUGAUUAAAAAUUAUUGAUUACUACAAUA